AUGCCCACUGACUUGAAGAUUUUGAAUUACACCCCUCCUCGUAUCUCUUGGUUCCAGCGGCUUUCACGUCUAUUGGAUAUCCUCAAAACCUCCCCUCACCUCAAUUCCCACGUACAGACACUGAAGCUUGACCUCAGUAGUCCGAUAAUCCUCAAAUCGUUGGCAGACAGAAACUGGCCAUCUCUAAAAGAACUCCACUUCCGGUGGAUUCCGUCCAACGAUGAGCAGAACCAAGUGUUACGUAACUUGCAGCAACUAGUUGCUUCUCCUGGACUCCGUCGUUUAAGCCUCCAUUUUGCAGGAUACGCAUGGAGCGCCUGUUACUUCAAAAGCAUCAUCACCCAUUGCUCUCCAUCCCUUACAGAUCUCUCUUUAUUGGGGCGCGACAUUGGGUGCGACAUUCCUUCGAAAGAUUGCCGCCAGUUAACAGACUCCUCGAACCCAACUCCUAAAAUUGCGAGCCUGAGCAGGCUUCUUCUCACUUCCGCCGCAGUACCGGUCCUUCGCGACCUGGCAAUUCCCCUUGAUUUGACCCAAGUUCGUACCCUGAGCUAUCAGGGCCUUCCGGGGCCCGCCAGUGUUGGACCCAUCCACCUUAUUUGCCCCAAAAUCAAGGAGCUGAAGAUCGUCUCGCAGGAUCCAACUCUAGGCGUUCAUUUCCACCUCCGUGAUUUUCGGUCCCUGCAGACCAUCGAAGUUCAGUUUUCGUCCUAUCCUAAGCACGACUGGCGCUUCUUUUCCGAGAUGGACGACGAUAAUCAGAUAUCUGAGCUGCUCAUCACCUCUCCUCACCACGAAUGGCAAUGCCGCCGCGGCUUUACUGACUGCCCUGGCCACUCCCUCGGGCGGCAGCUCGACCGAGUGGUGCUUGCCAAGUUUCCCCACCUCAAGAAAGUCAUGUUCGAAGUCUUUGAUAGUUUCGGAACAGAUGCCGACUGCCCUAUUUUCAACCGAGAUGCGAUUUUGAAGCAUGUCCAUCAAGCCCUGCCUCGCCUGACGAGACGGAACAUAGUGUCUGUGAUGUUUUCCCCCAUUCCCGUCCCUUUUGCAGAGCCGGAGGGCCGUCGGAAAGUACGAGACGCGCACGAGGCGGCCUGGCAGCCUCACUAA